CAGGUGGCUCAGUCGGCGGUCGGCUACCGCGUAUUCGAGGAUAGCGGGUUGUGCGUGUUCAUCUUUUUGUUUAGCGAGGUCUGUGAAUAGCGAUGUACGAUUUACUCUCUUUUCACAAGUGAUAGAAAGAUCAAUCAAAUAUAAACGCAAGAAUGAGCCGUGUUCGGGAGUGUUUAGCCGAUCGGAUUAACGGAUGGGAAAGAUGAGUUUAUUAUACCGGAAAAGUGUGGGUACGAUGAAAGUUUGACAAAAGGAAUUAUCCCAUGUUCGAAAGGGGAAUAGAAAAUUGUUGGAUAUUAUGCUAAUCAUAGCGGAGUCAGAAUGCGAGAGGAAGAACUCGAAAUAUCACUUAAGGUGGUCAUAGUGGGAAACGGUGCCGUAGGAAAAUCGUCCAUGAUACAAAGAUUCUGCAAAGGAACAUACACGAGGGAUUACAAGAAGACAAUCGGUGUUGAUUUUCUGGAACGACAAAUAGAAGUCGACGCCGAAGACGUACGCCUUAUGCUCUGGGACACCGCUGGUCAAGAGGAAUUUGACGCUAUUACAGCUGCCUACUACAGGGGAGCUCACGCCUGUGUUCUCGCUUAUUCGGCGACGGACAGACAAUCUUUCGACGCGAUACCAUCCUGGAAAUUGAAGGUAGAAAAUGAAUGCGGAGAAAUCCCGACUGUCCUAGUACAGAACAAAAUGGAUCUGGUCGAUCAAUGCGUUAUAGACCCAGAAGAAGCCGAAAGACUGAGCAGAGCCCUCGGCUGUAAGCUCUUGAGAACUUCCGUCAAAGAGGACGUCGGGGUCGUAGGAGUAUUUCGACAUUUGGCGUCCCGAUGUCUCCACGAGAUGCGAAGAUGCGAGGAUGACUUUCAGGACGAUCUUAGGCUAUACUCGGCGGGGCCAAGGUCUCCAUCGGUCAUAAGUGCCUUUAGUCCGAACGGAUCAACGGGUGGUCGAAGCGCCGGGAAUGGAACGAUAGUUUUGCGACCAGGAGGUAGUAAAACCCGGACUCAUAGGAAGAAGAAUUUCGUCAAAAAUGCCUGCAGACUUUUAUAGCGACGACACAUUAUACCCAGUUAUUCCGAUACGGCCGCAGUCAGCUAAUGCCCAAUUUUUACUUCAACGGAGAUUCGUCGCAACGUCCACUUUUCGCGCGUAUACCGACGAGAAACUUUUUGGGAAAAACUCACGAACGCACACAAGUCGUUAAUAUAAGAGAACGUUGUGAAGUACGCGCGAUGAAUCUAAUCAUAAGUUGAAUGUAUGUAAUCCAAACCGUCCGCAAAAUAUGUACAACGAUACCUAUUAUAUGUAUAGGUAGUCUGACAGAAAGAAUUAUGACCGUCCAUCUAGAGACGUAAGAAGAUUUAUUUUACUCCUGUACAUGUGUCGGUCCGUAACUUUGGGCACGGGGUUAAAGGAACCAGGUAUCCAGUGAUUUAAUGACGUGGUAUCUUAGACACGUAGAUUUUAUCGUUAUUUUAUUAUACGAGAAGAUGGAAAUCCGCGGUCCGUAUAUUGGAGUAAAGUAAUUAUAUAGUAACAGAGAAAUCGAAAAUCAUUUUAAAACUACAUAGUUACAUAAUACGUAGGAGUUACUGCGAAAUAACUAUAAUAGUGGUAGGUGUAAAUCUUUAAAUAUGAUUUUACAGUAAUUUGUAAAUAUGUAUUUUAUUUUUCAUAUACUCUAUACAGAUUGAUUAAUAAUUUUGUUAUUUCACGUCUCGUUUCUUUCCACUUUUUCUU